AUGGCGAGAAACCAAGAGUUUCUUGAGCGUCACGCUCAAGAAUCGGGCAUCGCCAAUUUGCGAUGCGGCCGAUUUUUGCACUUGCAUACGGACCCCAACCCCUUCCGCUGCGAGACAGCCGGAGCGAACGAAGUGAACCGCCGAAUGCAAUCGUUCCGAACGCUCCCACCGCUUCCACCCGACUGGCCCCAACGGAUGGUCUUAGGUCCCGACACCCGCCCGGGCCGCUCCUCCCGCCCCCUCGAGGAACCCCGGAAAGUCACCGCCUGGGCCGAUCGGGAGGCCGGAUUUUACGCCGGCGAGGAAGAACGGAAGGAAGACAGGUCGUCAUCUGGCAGGCAAGACCAUGGCGGGGGUGAGCGCCUGCUGCCGCCUGGCGGCGAGACAACUGUACCAAGGGAGGCUGCAGCAUCUCUCCGUGGCAAGGGCCCGGAGCCUCGUUCAUUCCCCAAGGUAACGUUCUCCAGGGCGGUCCUCUGUCCCUGGGUCUCCUGGGAUGUGGAGUGA